AUGAGGACACUUAGACCCUCUGCCCUUCUGCUGCUGGUGCUGGCCUUGCCCCUGACCCAGAACUGUGCAGUCCACCAAGCCAGCCCUGGGCCCAGGUCAGGGUCUCAGUGCGCAUCAUCCCCAGGCUCACACUGGCUGCAGUUUUUCGACACCGUGGUUUAUGGACCGGACAUCUGGGAGCCACGGUGCAUCUACGUCAGCUACGUUGAUACCACACCGGUCCAGGGAUUCGAUAGCACAGCAGCGACUGUGAGCGUGCAACCUCGGGCUCCCUGGAUGGAGCAGGAGCCGCCUGAGUAUUGGCACAAUCUAACAGAGGAAGCCCUGUACCAGUCACAGAGCGACCGAAAGCUUUUUCGGGCCCUGAUGAAGUACUACGGACACAGCAAGGACAGCGAAUAUCACACCCUACAGAAGGUGUACGGCUGCGCUGUGGGAAAUAAUGGGAACUUCCUCCGAGGGUACUAUCAACUCACCUACUAUGGCUACGAUUACAUCGCCCUGAACGAGGACUUGAGCUCUUGGACUGCAGAGGGCAAGUUAGCUCAAAUUUUCAAAAGCGUCUGGGUGGAAGAGGCAGAAUACUUGAGGACUUACCUGCCGGGGGAUUGCGUGAAAAUGCUUCGUAGAUGCCUGGACCUUGGGAAGGAGACAUUGCUGCGCUCUGACCCUCCCCAAACAUAUGUGACCCGUCAAGUUAGACCCGGAGGGAAUGUCACCCUGAAGUGCUGGGCCCUGAACUUCUACCCUGCUGAGAUCACCCUGACCUGGCAGAAGGCUGGGAACAACCACACCCAGGAUAUGGAGGUGAUAGAGACCAGGCCUGCAGGAGAUGGAACCUUCCAGAAGUGGGCAGCCGUGGUGGUUCCUUCUGGAGAGGAGCUGAGAUACACAUGCCAUGUGAACCAUGAGGGGUUCCCUGAGCCCCUGAUCCUGACGUGGGAGCCUCCUCCACCAAACAUCUUCCUCAUGGCGAUUCCUACUGGCCUGGUUCUUGGAGCUUUGGUUAUGGGAGCUGUGGUGACUUUUCUGAUAUGGAAGAAGCAGAGGGCGAGACACCCACCUCGUGUGACUUCAAAAGCUCCUGACUUUUCUUCCCACACCUGACAUCUGUGCACAAGUGUUUGUCUCCUGUGAGCACGCCAUGAGGAACUGAGUCCAGCCCAGACCUGAGCGUGUCUCUUCCUCUCCACACUGACAUGUGCCUUCCCCAGUCAUUUCUCCUGAUCCAGAAGACGCAGGCCUGGAAACCUCCAUCAGAGGCCGAAUUUAGUUUCCAAUGAGCUACAAGUAUAUGCUUCCUUCUUGAAAAUAAGGAUGUGGAUAUUCUGGUAAUUUUGUUUGGUAAUUUUUUCCCACGGUUUGCUUAAUGGAUAAACCCAGUCAAAGAUGAUUGAAACAGUGUCUGUCUUGAGAAGCUGAAAUCCAUCUUUCGAUCUUCUCUGUCCUUUCCUAGAUGCCUCUCUUCCUCAUCAACCUCGUGUUCAAAUCUGUUAAUGCCUCCUCCUAAUAAACUUGAACUUCGCUU